GGGGAGAACCGCAUGUUCGGGGGCCGCGUGCAGAAGUGGACGCACGCCUCGGAGUGCACGAACACGCCGAUGACGUUCAGCGUGUUUUUGCCGCCGCAGGCUGAGGGCGGCGCUAGAGUUCCCGCGGUGUAUUACCUGAGCGGCCUAACCUGCACGGACGACAACUUCACCCAGAAGGCGUGCGCGCAGAGGGCCGCCGCCGCGCACGGCCUCGCCCUGGUGGCGCCCGACACGUCGCCCCGCGGGGCCUGCGUGGAGGGCGAGGACGACGCGUACGACUUCGGCUCAGGUGCUGGUUUCUACGUCGACGCUACAGUCGACAAGUGGGCCAGGCACUAUAACAUGUACUCGUACAUCACGAAGGAGUUGCCCGCGCUGGUGAACGAGGCCUUCCCCAUCGACGCUGGCAGGGUCGGCAUUACCGGUCACAGCAUGGGCGGCCACGGGGCUCUGACGGUCGCCAUCCGGAACCCGGGCACGUUCAGGUCGGUGUCGGCCUUUUCUCCGAUCUGCAACCCCACCAAGUGCCCGUGGGGGGAGAAGGCCUUUGCGGGCUACCUCGGCAGCGUGGCCGCGGGCGCGGAGCACGACGCCACGGAGCCCCCCCGUGAUCCCAUGGGCGACCGUCGCGACCCGUCGACCUUUGCGGUCCUUGCCGAUGGUCGCUCCAAAGAGCCUGGCAACGGGAGCGGGUUGAAGCCAUUGAGCAUCGCGAUCCUGGCCCUGGCGCGCAGGCAGGCCGUCUCGAGGCGGCCGCCGUCCAAGCCCGGCAGGCGAGCUACAGUCAAGCCACUGUUCUCUUGUGUGCCCUCUCAGACUGUCCUGCCGCUCAGCCUCCACACGAGGAGCGCAGCUGGUCCCCUCCUGCGUCAUGCAGACCCGCUAAUGAACCUCUCUCGCGGCGGGGGCGCCCGCCGGCGCGUGCUGGCGGCGCUGGCCGUGGCGCUCCUCGUGCCGGGCGCCCUGUCGCUGUCCGCCGACAGGUCGGCGCCGGGCGCCCCGCCCGGGCGGGGAGGGCUGGCCGACGUCCUCAAGGUGGCGAUAGACAUGUGGGACCAGCAGCCCGACGCUGGCACGGGCAGCGAGGAGAGGACGCAGGCCAGGUCGUGCAACAUAUUCUGGACGAGGACAGAGGGAGGUCCAAGGGGUGGUCGUCGAUGA